GUUUGCUUUUCCAUCGUUAUGCAACCAUCGCCCUCAGGACACCAAUGUCUUGCUCACAUAACAUACAAAGUUGUAUUCAUCUUCUUAGAUGGACGCUGCCAAGGAGAUGCCAAUUUAGCUCAAUGGCCCCAUCGUGGGUCGCCUUCUAAGUACGGGGUAAAGUGGGGAUUUCGUGGGCGGGAUAACUUAGUCCAUCAUUUCAGUGAUAGACAUCCCAACGACAUGUUACCCCCCCUCAUCUUCCUAUUUUUGCUCAUUAAGUAAUGGAGAGGAUCAUCGUCUUAAAUUUCAAAUUUUGAAAGAUGGUUCCUCGGCCAGUGCUAUCCACCUCCCUCGCCAGUGUAAGGCGGGCCAGCUCAACCACUAAAGCUGCUGUCAAGAAAGAAGGAAGCAUUGCUGAUGCCUUCAACUCCCUAUCUGGGGGUAAUAAAAAGGACCUUCCGCCUCGCUUCUUACACCUAAAGCAGCAGAUAGUCCAUGGCCGCGAGGAUCGCAUCGUUUCUAGUUGGCACCGCUUGUUAGAAGACUUGCGAGCUGAAUGCGACCUCAUCGCCCGCAAAGGUCCAAAAAUCAUACCUGAAGUCGACUUCCAAGAUCUUGAAAGUGACCUACCCGCUAUUAGUGCCGAGCUCAAAAAGCGCGGCACGGUGGUAAUUCAUAAUGUCAUACCAGAAGCGGAAGCCCGCCAAUAUAAAGAGGAUGUCGAGACAUACAUUAGGGUUAAUCCAAACACUCGUAAUUUUGAGGGCCAAAUAUUCGAGUUAUACUGGUCUUUUCCUCAGUUAAAGGCCCGUGUACAUCCAAACAUGUUGUCGGCACAGUCAUCUCUCAUGAAACUUUGGACCAAGUCAAACCCAGGCUCGCCAAUUUCUACAUCACAGCCAUUAAUGUACGCCGAUAGAUUGCGUAUCAGACAACCGGGAGACGCCAAGUUCGCACUUGGCCCCCAUCAAGACGGUGGCAGUGUAGAGCGCUGGGAACCAGAGGGUUGCGGUGGUGUGUAUGGCGAGAUCUUAAAGGGGAAUUGGGAGAAAUAUGAUCCUUGGGAUGUUAGUGCUCGAGUUGAUGCCAAUAGCAACCUGUACGACGGUUUAGGAGCAUGCUCUAUGUUUCGUAUGUUCCAAGGCUGGCUAAGCAUGAGCACAGCAAGCCCUUAUGAGGGCACGCUUUUGGUCCAGCCACUACUAAAGCACACUACUGCUUACACUCUGCUAAGGCCAUUCUUUCGACCGGUGGUUGGGUACGGUGAAAUCCCCACCGAUCAGUACCUAGAUGCUAGCAACUGGCAAUUCACUUCUGGAUCAGAUAUGACGAGUGAGCUUCAUGGAGCUACUCCAGGUCACGGGCAAGAGUUCACAGAAUUUCAACAUCCGCAUUUGGAACUUAAUAGGACUAUGGUGCACGUACCUAAAGUCCGCCCAGGGGAUUACGUGGUCUGGCAUUGCGAUUCGAUUCAUGCGGUAGACAAAACCCACAAGGGCACCUCUGACUCCAGUGUCCUUUACAUCCCCGUCUGCCCAUUAACUGAACGCAACGCCAAAUAUGCAGCUAUCCAACGUCAAGCCUUCCUCGAUGGUACUCCAGGCCCUGAUUUCUCGGGUGGGAUAGGAGAAAGUCAGCACAUACAACGCCCAUCUCUACAGGAUUUACGAGGGGUUGCCGACAUUGACGGCCUCCGUGCUACGGGGUUUGAGAAGCUGGUAGCUGCUAAUAGUGACACUGCAGGGUCGCAGGACGUAACAUCUAUAGCGAAUACCGUGUUAGGGCUGUAAAAUUGCCCAGGAUACUCGUAUGUAUGAUUUUUUAUCAAUGUACAAUUAUCUCCAAGCAACCAGUAUCAUGAGUUGAAAGCUAUUAAGAGGCUCGAACAAUCGAACCCCCGUAAAGACCCCCGUAAAGAGUGAAGUUGUAUUACUAAAACGUCCUGGUUUAGUAUGCCCUGGCAAUCCCAGCCAUCAAACGAAAACGAAAGUAAUCCAUCAUAAGUGUCUAAUCCAAACUCGUCCCAAGCAAAGCAAAACGUCAAGCCAUUCCAUAGGCACCCAGUAAUCUAAAAACUCCCAAAUCCAAAACCCCAUGAU